ACGGCCGCUGGGAGUGUGGCGAAAGUGCGGCUGCGGAAGUGCAGCGAGACCCGGGAGGAGGAAGCAAGCGCUGCUACCCUUCUGCUGGGCUCCCGGCACCAUGGGCCGCCUGCACUGCACGCAGGACCCGGUGCCCGAGGCCGUGCGCGGCGACAUGCAGCAGCUGAACCAGCUGGGCGCGCAGCAGUUCUCGGCCCUGACAGAAGUGCUUUUCCACUUCCUCACUGAGCCCAAAGAGGUGGAACGCUUUCUGGCUCAGCUCUCUGAAUUUGCCACCACCAAUCAGAUCAGUCUUGGACCCCUCAAAAGCAUCAUGAAAAGCCUCCUUUUGGUUCCAAAUGGUGCAGUGAAGAAGGGCCUUACUGCAGAGCAGGUGCGGUCUGAUCUCCUGACUCUAGGUCUUAGUGAGGAGAAAGCCACUUCCUUUUCUGAAAAGUGGAAGCAGAACGCCCCGACCCUUGCACAGUGGGCCAUAGGUCAGACCCUGAUGGUUAACCAGCUGAUUGAUAUGGAGUGGCGGUUUGGAGUGACGUCUGGAAGCAGUGAAUUAGAGAAAGUGGGAAGCAUAUUUUUACAGUUAAAGUUGGUGGUUAAGAGAGGAAAACAAACUGAACAUUUGUAUAUAGAAUUAACCUUGCCUCAGUUCUACAGCUUCCUGCACGAGAUGGAGAGAGUCAGAGCAAGCAUGGAGUGUCUCAGCUGAUCCUGGUUCUUGUUCCCUUGCUCCUGCCUCUUCUCUGAUGGCUUCUCCAGGGUCCCAACUGUCUCGGGAGGCAAAAACAAGAGUCUUGAUGCUUGAGGAGUCCUGCCUGAUUCUUCUGUAAGCCCCAUUGGAAGCCACCACCUCCGGCUCCUGGGUGACUUUACACCUAGAUGCUCUGACGGCUGCUGCAUAUGGGAUUGGUUUCUUUCUUUUGGAAGGCGGGUAUUGUCAUUUCCCAUUCAACAGUAAACAAACAGUUCCUUCAUUUAGA